GGAGAAUGAAGGCACAUCCUCCCCACGCAUCUCUACGAUACCCACAGGUCAUCCCAGAAGCGUGGAAAGCCUUGGAAGGUGUCGUCAGCUUGGAGACAGACAUCGAUAAAGCGGGCGCGCAUGAUGUUACGCCAUCCAGUGUGCACCUAGGUGUGUGCUUACCUGCCCUCGCUUAUGGGGCAUGCCUCGCUACCGGAGAAGAGCAACCACCGACCGUUACCUUUCUCGCGUUCAGCUGGUGGACCAAGAUUUAUCUGCUUAGCUUCCGUAGCGGUCUCCGUCUUGUUGCGAGGAUACCCCGGGAGAGCGAGCAGAACGGUCUUCCUGGAGGGGACAGAAGUGGCUAUCUCCGACAACGAAUGGAAUCCGAGGUUGCAACGCUGUGUUAUCUUCGGUGCUUCAAGCCAGAGUUUCCUUCUCCCGGCGUAUGGGCAUGGAACUCCGAUGCCAACAAUGCUGCCGGCGUGCCUUAUUUGUUGGUCGAUUAUCUCGAAGGAGAAACCCUUGAAGUCGUCUGGAGGGACAAUGUUGCUGAUCGUUCCAGGAUUUUGGAUGACCUUGCCCUCCAUUAUUCAAAGCUUGCCAAUCCGUUGCCUUUCUCAUCGUUUGGCAUGAUCAAGUUCCGCUCACAAGAUACCAGCGCUGGUAGUAGCUCACGAAGAACCUAUCCAGAGCUUCUCCAAGCCGAAGACUUCGUCAUUGGUCCCUAUCUUUCAGAACCUCAGUAUUCCAAUGCUCCACGAGGAGAAGGUGCUGAGCUUCCGCGAUACGCUGCAAGCUCGGUCGAGCAAUUGUGGAGAGACUUGUGGAAGACCGAGGCCGCACGCACUGAUUGGAACGAUUGGAAAGAAGAUCAAGAAGUAACGGACGAGGAAGUUCGACGUGCCUCUACACUGGUCCUAGAACUAAUCUCUAGUCAUCGACUACCCGACGAGCUCGUGAAGCCCUGCCUUGUUAUAGGGGAUUUUGCGUGGCGUAACAUCAUUUGUGACCCGUUAACGAAACGCAUCGUUGGAUUCAUCGAUCUACAAGGGAUGUCUGUCAUGCCAAGAUUCGGCCUCGCCCGAUAUCCAGAAGACAUUUCUACCUACUCUGCUACAGAGAGCUGGGUAACUUCGACAGGUGGUUUUCGCUGGGUGCCUCCAAGCAGUGUGGACCAAGCAACGACUAUUCCUAUUGGUGGUGAAAUGGGCCUAGACGGAUUGGCAGAACUUCGGGAGGAGGUUAUCGAUCAUCUACGUUUCCGCCAGGAAUUUCGGUUACGCCUAAAGAAGCAUCAUCCCAACCUCAAUGACAAGUUCUGGGAAGCGUCGGAGCUACCACUCAAGAUCAUGUUUCUCCUUGUGCAUGGGUUGCCAGAAUGGGUAACCCAUAUAACCUGGUUGGCCCGAGAGCUCGAGUUAGCUGUACCUAACCAAGGCUCAUUCAUACAUGUUCCGUGA